AUGAAGGCUGCUCCUCUCCUCGUCUCCUGGCACAAUGAAAAUGCCCCGAUCUACUCUGCCCAUUUCGAGCCACAUGGAAAGGGCCGCCUAGCAACUGCUGGCGGAGACAACAAUGUUCGCCUCUGGAGCGUCGAGACGCAUGGCGAAGAGCGCAAGGUCACGUAUCUGUCAACGCUCGUCAAGCACACACAAGCCGUCAACGUAGUACGAUGGUGCCCCCGCGGCGAAAUGCUGGCCAGCGCCGGUGACGACGGCAAUGUCCUGCUCUGGGUCCCUGCCGAGAACCAGACAACCCACACAAACUUCGAGGAAGGCCUCGAGGACAAGGAGACAUGGCGAGUCAAGGCCAUGUGUAGAUCCAUAGGCUCCGAAAUCUACGACCUUGCUUGGUCGCCAGACGGCGUCUUCUUCAUCACGGGCAGUAUGGACAACAUUGCCCGCAUCUACAACGCUCAGACUGGAACCAUUGUGCGACAGAUUGCUGAGCACAACCACUAUGUCCAAGGUGUGGCCUGGGAUCCAAUGAACGAAUACAUUGCGACGCAAUCGUCGGACCGAUCUGUACACAUUUACACACUGAAGAACAAGGAUGGCCAGUUUUCCCUGGCCCAGCACAGCAAGGUCACCAAGAUGGAUUUGCCUGCGCGACGAGUAUCUUCAAAUAGCCCUGCACCACCCGACUUUGGCGGCCGCGCCUCUUUCGUAGGGGAUUCACUGGCAAUCGGCUCGCCUGUACCCUCAAUGCCUGGCACACCGCAAUCGCUCGCCCUGCCAACUAUGCACCCACCGCCGACCUCGCACAGCCGUCGCUCGUCGUUUGGCUCCUCGCCCUCGAUGCGCCGCUCUGCUUCGCCAGCUCCAUCCAUGCCCCUGCCCGCGGUCAUGCCCAAUUCUCCCAGCAUUGGCAGUAUCGGUACUGGAAUCCGAAACGCACCCAUCUACUUCAACGAGACACUCACAUCCUUCUUUCGACGUCUGACGUUUGCCCCAGAUGGAAGCUUGCUCUUCACUCCAGCAGGCCAAUAUAAGGCACUGCACCCGUCUGUAGGCGAGGCGAAGCCGGCGGAGGACAUUACCAACACCGUCUACAUUUACACUAGGGCCGGUUUGAACAAACCUCCAGUGGCGUAUUUGCCAGGUCACAAGAAGCCCUCGGUUGCUGUGCGUUGUUCACCCGUGUACUACACCCUACGCCAAACAGCUCCUCCGACAAGGCAAAUCACCAUUGACACCUCCAACAUGGACGAUGAGAUCCCCUCUCUGCCUGAGCCGGUUAUGCCCUCAAAGCCCCCGACAUCACAUUCAUCAAUGGACCCACCACCCAUUACAAGUGCCCCGUCACCCUCACCAAGCGUUUCAGCACCUUCACCCAAGCCUAAUGAGAACGACGCAUCUGCACCAACCGCGCCGCCCGCUGGGCCUGUGUCUGCAUUUACGUUGCCUUACCGCAUGAUUUAUGCUGUUGCAACACAAGAUGCUAUCCACAUUUACGAUACGCAGCAGCAAAAGCCGCUGUGCAUAGUUAGCAACUUGCACUUUGCCACUUUCACAGACAUCACCUGGUCUAACGAUGGAUCCAUGCUGCUAAUGACAUCCUCGGAUGGUUUCUGCUCUUCGAUAACAUUCGCUCCUGGAGAACUGGGCGACAAGUACACAGGGCCAUUGGCUGUCCAUAAUAGACAGCAAAAUGUACCUGCCGCCAUUAACACAGCGGCCAGCCAGGCAUCCAAUCAUUCUACCCCAACACCCACGCCGACAACUGGAAGCAUGUCAGCAACAGCAACAGCAACAGCACCUCCAAUGCAAAGACAACCAUCUGCAGGCUUCCCAGCAUCUCCAAGCUCCUUUGUUCCCGCAAGACCAGGCAGUCCAACAAGAAGCAACUCGGUGUCUAGUAUUGCUACAGCCUCAUCAUUUGCUCCUGGAGCGGGAGAUCAAAGCAACAUGAAUGCACCAACACCAGUCAUGUCGUCAGUACCGAGCAUUGCAGCAGCCAACUCUGGGCCGGUUCCUAUGUGGACACCGCCUCUUACCCCUGCUCAUGGUCAGGGUGGGUCGCAUAGUGCCAGUAGCUCAGUCAGUGGGGUUCCACACAUUGGUCAGGUCGGACGUAGAGAGAGCGAAAGGAGCGAAUGCGAUCGUGACGAUGGAGCAGCGCUGUCUAAGAAACGAGAUCUUAACCCUGUCGCAGAGGCGGAGACGGAGGACGUGCGAGAGAACAAGAGGCGGAGAAUUGCACCAACGCCUGUUGAGUUGACAAUGGAGGGGGAAGAGGCGAUUGCGAGCACCGAGGAGGAGCAAACGCCUGGUCAAUAG